CCCGGGGGCUGUGGACUGCUGGCUUUCUGUUGAUACCUUAGAGAUGCAGCGGCUUUUGGCUCCAGCAAGGCGGGUCCUGCAAGUGAAGAGAGUGAUGCAGGAAUCUUCGCUCUCACCCGCUCACCUGCUCCCCGCAGCCCAGCAGAGGUUUUCUACAAUCCCUCCUGCUCCCCUGGCCAAAACAGAUACAUGGCCAAAAGAUGUGGGCAUCCUUGCCCUGGAGGUCUACUUUCCAGCCCAAUAUGUGGACCAAACUGACUUAGAGAAGUUCAACAAUGUGGAAGCAGGGAAGUACACAGUGGGCUUGGGCCAGACUCGUAUGGGCUUCUGUUCGGUCCAGGAGGACAUCAACUCCCUGUGCCUCACAGUGGUGCAGAGGCUGAUGGAACGCACAAAGCUGCCGUGGGAUGCCGUGGGCCGCCUGGAAGUGGGCACGGAAACCAUCAUUGACAAGUCCAAGGCUGUCAAAACAGUGCUCAUGGAGCUCUUCCAGGAUUCAGGCAACACUGACAUUGAGGGCAUAGAUACCACCAACGCCUGCUAUGGUGGCACUGCCUCCCUCUUCAACGCUGCCAACUGGAUGGAGUCCAGCUACUGGGAUGGUCGCUAUGCCCUGGUGGUCUGUGGUGAUAUUGCAGUCUACCCAAGUGGUAACGCCCGCCCCACAGGUGGUGCCGGGGCUGUGGCAAUGCUGAUUGGGCCCAAGGCCCCUCUAGUCCUGGAACAAGGGCUGAGGGGAACUCACAUGGAGAACGCCUAUGACUUCUACAAACCAAACUUGGCCUCAGAGUAUCCACUGGUGGAUGGGAAGCUGUCUAUCCAGUGCUACCUGCGGGCCUUGGACCGAUGCUAUGCGGCUUACCGCAGGAAAAUCCAGAAUCAGUGGAAGCAAGCUGGAAACAACCAGCCUUUCACCCUCGAUGACGUGCAAUAUAUGAUCUUCCACACACCCUUUUGCAAGAUGGUCCAGAAAUCCCUGGCUCGGCUGAUGUUCAAUGACUUCCUGUCAUCUAGCAGUGACCAGCAGAACAACUUAUACAAGGGCCUAGAGGCCUUCAAGGGUCUAAAGCUGGAAGAAACCUACACCAACAAGGACGUAGACAAGGCUAUUUUGAAGGCCUCCCUGGACAUGUUCAACAAGAAAACCAAGGCCUCCCUUUACCUCUCCACAAACAACGGGAACAUGUACACCUCGUCCCUCUACGGGUGCCUGGCCUCACUUCUCUCCCACCACUCUGCCCAAGAAUUGGCCGGCUCCAGGAUUGGAGCCUUCUCCUACGGCUCAGGCUUAGCAGCAAGUUUCUUCUCAUUUCGAGUGUCCAAGGACACUUCCCCAGGUUCCCCUCUGGAGAAGCUGGUGUCUAGUGUGUCAGAUCUGCCCAAACGUCUAGACUCCCGGAGACGCAUGUCCCCUGAGGAAUUCACAGAAAUAAUGAAUCAGAGAGAGCAAUUUUACCACAAGGUGAACUUCUCUCCCCCUGGUGACACAAGCAACCUCUUCCCAGGUACUUGGUACCUUGAACGAGUGGAUGAGAUGCACCGCAGAAAAUACGCCCGGCGUCCCGUCUAAGGAGGCCAGUGAGUUUACGGGGUCGGGUUAGGGU